AUGCGACUAACUUUCAUUAUUACAUUGCUGGGGGUUCUGGUGCCCCUGCAAGCCAAUCCCCAGUUGGGAGGAGGUGGUCUCCUCGGCACUGGUAUUGGAGGUUCUGGUGGCUUGCUCGGAACAGGCAUUGGAGCUACCACUGGCUUGCUCGGAACAGGUGUGCUAGGAACUGCAACUUCUACUGGAGUCCUUGGUACAGGUAUUGGAGCUACCACUGGCUUGCUCGGAACAGGUGUGCUAGGAACUGCAACUUCUACUGGAGUCCUUGGUACAGGCAUUGGAGCUACCACUGGCUUGCUCGGAACAGGUGUGCUAGGAACUGCAACUUCUACUGGAGUCCUUGGUACAGGUAUUGGAGCUACCACUGGCUUGCUCGGAACAGGUGUGCUAGGAACAGCAACUUCUACUGGAGUUCUUGGUACAGGUAUUGGAGCUACCACUGGCUUGCUCGGAACAGGUGUGCUAGGAACAGCAACUUCUACUGGAGUCCUUGGUACAGGCAUUGGAGCUACCACUGGCUUGCUCGGAACAGGUGUGCUAGGAACUGCAACUUCUACUGGAGUCCUUGGUACAGGUAUUGGAGCUACCACUGGCUUGCUCGGAACAGGUGUGCUAGGAACUGCAACUUCUACUGGAGUUCUUGGUACAGGUAUUGGAGCUACCACUGGCUUGCUCGGAACAGGUGUGCUAGGAACAGCAACUUCUACUGGAGUUCUUGGUACAGGUAUUGGAGCUACCACUGGAUUGCUCGGAACAGGCAUCCUUGCCGGAGGUUCCGGAACGACCACUGUUGCUCCUACAACAACCACCGUUGCUCCUACAACGACCACAGUUGCUCCUACAACCACUACCGUUGCUCCUACAACAACAGUUGCUCCUACAACCACUACCGUUGCUCCUACAACGACCACAAUAGCACCAACAACGACUACCGUUGCUCCAACAACUACUACAGUAGCACCAACAACAACUACCGUUGCUCCUACAACAACAACUCUUGCUCUAACAACCGCUGUUGCUCCUACAACAAUCACUGUAGCGCCGACAACUGCGGCUCCAACGACCGUUACUUCUGCACCCACAGGCACGGUGACGUUUAACAUCAAUGGAAGUAUAAUAACCGUCUCAGCUGCAGAUCAAGCGACGAUUAAUGCCAUUAAUAGUGCUUUAGCUGUAACUACAACUACCGUUGCCAUGACAACGACAACAACCGCUGCUCCUGCAUCGUUAUCAACUGUUUCAUUCAACAUUGGUGGAUCAAUUGUUACUGUAAAUGCCGCCGAUACUGCUACAAUUGCAGCGAUUAUUCAAACCCUCAGUGGUACUUCUACUACAACCGUUGCUGCAACAACGACGACAUCGACCACAACUACGACUACUGCAGUGCCAACAACGACGACAACUGUCGCGCCAACAACUUCGACCAUUCCCUCCUCUGCUGCCGCAACGACGAAGACUACAACUGCUUCUCCUGUAACAACAACGGUUGCAUCUGGUACUACGACCACGUAUUCAAUCAUCAUCAAUAUCAACGGACAAUUCAUUCUGAUAACCGCUUCCAACCAAAGUAUGUUGCAAAUAAUGCAGCAAGUUAUGCAGCAAAUAUCGGCUUCGACGACCACAACUGCUGCACCAACCAAUGCUCCAGUGAUUGUAGUCCAGCCUCCAACUUCCGCUCCUGUCACAAAUAUCGGUAAUAACCGGGGCGGUGGAUGCAGAGCAAGAAACGGACACCACUCUGGUGAGCACCACAGGUUCGGAGGUGGUAUCGGACUAGGGGUUGGUUUCCGAGGACCUCUUGGUGGUGGUUUUCAAGCAGGGCUGGGAGCUGGAAUUGGACGCGGUGCGGGCAUUGGAGCUGGUAUUCGCGUACAAGGACCACUAGGUGGUAGUAUUCAGGCUGGAAUUGGAGCUGGUAUAGGAGGUGCUCAUCGCCUCAUGGGUGGUGGAGUAGGUUUAGGUGCUGGAUUGCGCGUGCAGGGCCCGCUAGGAGGUGGUAUUCAGGCCGGCAUUGGUGCUGGUGUUCUCGUUGGAGGUCACCGACACGGUUGA